UUAUACUCUUUGCAUAAAUCUUAUUCAUAAAUUAAAAAUAUAAGUUAAAAAAAGUUGUAAAACUAAUACGUAAGGCAUUUGCUAUUAUUUUUAUUUCAGGAUAAAUAAUAUAUACUUUAUGAAAUUUGAAUAUCACGGUACUCCUGACAGAGGUUUUAAAAGAAUAGCACCGGAUUGUUAUAAAAGUUAGAUAUUACAUGGGCUGGAUUUAAGGAGUAAGGAUUAUCUAGUAUUAUUGUUUACUCUUUACACGCUGUAACGAUCGAUAUAAGGUGUUUAAUAUUAAUAUGAAUGCUUUACUGGGUUACGGAUCUUCUUCAGAAGAAUCAGGAUCAGAAAAUGGAGAAGAAAAUAUAAAAAACACUGAAAGUGGCGAAAUAAAUAAAGAAACUGAAAAGCUCAAACUACCAAAACCAGUAUUAGAUGAAAGCAGUCUUCACACAUCAGUUUUUAAAAACCCAUUUGUGCAAGCUGAAAAAGCCAAGUCGGAUUUACUAGAAAAACAUGUUAAAAUGGUUCCAGGUAAAGAAGAAACACAAAUGAUCAAUGGUAAGAAAAUAUGUUGGAAUUUUCGAAAGGGCCGAUGUAGAUUUGGUCACAAUUGCAAGUAUGCCCAUGAUUCAGACAUACAAAAGUCUGCAGAAGAACUAGAAGCUGACAAACAGAAAUACAAGUCUGUAGUUUGUGAAAGCAGUGGAACUCUUAUGAACAAUCUUCCUCCUGAAGUAGAAAUAGAUAAUAAAAUCAAUCCGACUGAUGACACCGUGUGGGAAGGUGGCAUUAGGAAAAAGAAGAAACGACCGGGAUUAAGUACAGGCCUUGUGCCUAGUCAAAAAGUUAUUAAGAUGUAUAAACAACAAAAAAUAAAUAAUACAAUUUCCAAACAAUAAAA